AUGCCAGAUGUGUCGAAAUAUGAUGGAACUUCAUAUCCUCAGGAGCAUAUCACCACCUAUACAACGGCGGUGAAGGGGAACGAUUUAGCUCCCCACGAGAUAGAGUCAGUUUUGCUGAAGAAAUUCGAAGAGACUCUCACGAAUGGAGCCUUGACGUGGUAUUCAUUUUUUCCCGAGCAUUCCAUAAACUCCUUCGAUAUGCUCGCAUAUUAUUUCAUUAAGGCCCAUGCCGGGGCCAAAAAGGUACAGGCCCGAAAGGCCAAUAUAUUCAGGAUUGCACAAGAAGAGUCUGAGUUGCUGCAAGAGUUUGCGGAUGUUCACAACCGGUACGAGUCAAAGAUAAGGAUUGAGGAUGAUCAACUCAGUUUCCCGGUGUUGUUUAAGGGUCGGGACUGGGAGAAGAAUAAAGAGAAAUCAAAAGACGAUUUUGAUACAACUCGACGGUCUUCGAGGAGCCGGUUUUUGCCAUAUGAACGGUCCGAAGAAUGCGACAGAGGUUUUCGAUCGGCGGAUAGGUGCGUUAUAGAUAGAAGAAUUGAUCGCGGCUGGAACAACAAGUCGUUACAGGAUAAGGAAACGUCAGGUUCUCGAGAUUCUCCCUACCUUAAACUUUCAGAAUAUAACUUCAACGUCAGUGUAGUAGAGUUGGUGUCGUCCAUGAGGAAUAUUAAAGAAGCACAGUUCCCAAAGCCAACGAGAUCCGAUCCCAGUCAGAGGGAUCCUAAUUUGUGGUGCGAAUACCACGGGACAAAUGGUCACCGGAUCGGGGACUGCCGGUAUCUGCACGAAGAAGUAGCGACACUGCUGAAAAAUGGCCAUCUCAUGGAAUUUUUAAGUCACCGAGAUAAAAACAAUUAUGGUCGCAAUCGUGAUAACACGGAGCCCUCAAAAGCAGGAGAAGAUCCCCUGCGCCUGAUGAUCAACAUGAUUUUUGGGGGAACGAGAUUAACGGGGUUACAUUCUCGACAGCAAAAUAGAUGA